AUGUCCAGCAAAGAGUUCAUCAUUCAGGAAUUUAAGCAUAAUAUUGCAGCUACAUUUAAAAUCAAGGACUUGGGAGAAAUACAUCACCUUCUUUCAAUUAGGAUAAGCAGAAGGGAAGAUAGCUGUGUGACUCUUGACCAAAGUGUCUAUGCUAGUGAACUCUUGGAAACAACCAAUAUGCAAGAUGCUAAAGGAGCAUCAACACCAUUAGAUCCAGGAGCAUUAAAAUAUAGGCAGGAUGUUGGAGGGCUCUUGUACCUAGCAGGAGGAACAAGGCCAGAUUUAGCUUUUGCUACUACUUACAUGAGCCAAUUCAAUAAUUGCCCAAGCAAGGAACAUUGGGCUGGUGUACAACAUAUCCUUCGUUACCUAAAACAGACCAAGGAAUUAAAGCUGACUUUCCAAAAGACAGGAAAGGAUUUGGAAGUGUUUUGUGAUUCUGAUUGGGCUGGUGAUAAGAUUGACAGACGAUCAUUUAGUGGCUAUGUGGUGCUUACUAGCAGGUGGAGCUGUCUCAUGGAGCA